GAAUAGAAACUGAUUUGAACUCUGGACAGAUGCAAACAGCUGAGCAAAGUCUGACGUGGCAUCCUCUAUUAUCCUGUUACUUUCCACACUCCCCAAGACUUUCUCACUUGCCAGCAGCUGCAGAAGAGUGCUCAGCCACAGGUCAAUUGAAUCUGCUGUAAGGCAAAGCUGACUCCAACUGACAAUCUCAUACAACAAAAGAAAAAUGCUCAGCUUCAUUGUUAUUGGCGCGGUGACUGGCCUAGGAACUGCCACCAUUGGGAUUCCGGCAGCAGUUGGACUGCUAGGUUUCAAAGCAGCAGGAAUUGCUGCUGGAACUAUAGGUGCAAAGAUGAUGUCGGCAGCUGCCAUCGCCAGUGGCGGAGGAGUAGCUACUGGUGGUGCCGUGGCUGUUUUGCAGUCAAUUGGUGCGGCGGGCCUGUCAGGUGCUGCGACAGCUGCAAUAACGACUGGAGGGGCAUUGCUGGGGGCCAUUCUGAUGUGAAAGGAGCAGAGGGAGCAUCUAUAACCUCUUAUGAGAUGGAGGCUGAAUCCCUUCCUACUAGCUAGCAGAAACAAUCAAUUGCCUUGGGAAUGAUCUCAAGAUGCACCCUGCUGAAGUUCCUUCUCUCCCAAGCUUUCACUCUACAAAAACCAAAUAAAGCUUUGAUGAGACCUUGA